ACGACAUUCUCGCCUUCUCUUUUAAAGUCACCGGCGAUCAAUCAAGAGUCGAUCCUCCGGUAAUCAGAGUUGAAAUCGAUCUUCAACACUCGAUUUUUCUUAAAAACCAAGGAUGAUAAUAGUUCUUUUGCCAUUGAUAACAAGCGAACAAAGCUUUGAGCUCGUGGUGCCCUUAGGACUGAGGAAAGAUGCUUCGUCUAGUUGGACACCGGAAUGCUCCGAACCGGUGAAUCGGAGAGAAACGCAAGCAAAGGUAGAGCGGCGCGAGGUGGCGGCGGUUGACAGCGAGCUGCUAAGGUCUUCGCCGGAACGAUUUGAAAAUGGACGGAGUAUGAAGUGGAGGCAUCUUCAAGAACUGCGGAGGUUGCCGACGAGAAGUGGGACAGAGGCCUUGAAGGAUAGAAACCCAGUGAGCUAAUGGUUUGAAUUUGAUAAAACGAUUAUCAUCCU